AAACCCAUCUUCAAUCCUCAAAAAAGUUAAUAUCUUUGAGCAAAAGCUUGAAUUAUUCACCCCAAAAUAUGGCCAAGAAGGAAAUGGAAGUGGUGAAAGGCCUUGAUUUAAAGCGGUACAUGGGGAGAUGGUAUGAGAUUGCUUCAUUCCCUUCAAGGUUUCAGCCCAAGAAUGGAGUGGAUACAAGAGCCACUUACACUUUGAAUGACGAUGGGACUGUGCAUGUCUUGAAUGAGACAUGGGUAGAUGGCAAAAGAAGCUCCAUAGAAGGCAGUGCAUACAAGGCUAAUGCUAAUAGUGAUGAGGCCAAACUUAAAGUUAAGUUUUAUGUGCCUCCUUUCUUGCCUAUCAUCCCUGUUGUUGGAGACUACUGGGUUCUGUUCAUUGAUGAUGAGUAUCAAUUUGCUCUGAUUGGUGAGCCUAGCAGGAGGAAUCUCUGGAUACUAUGCAGAAGGACUCAUCUAGAUGAAGAGAUCUACAACCACCUGGUGGAAAAGGCCAAGAGUGAAGGGUAUGAUGUGAGCAAACUGCACAAGACACCACAGAGUGAUCCACCCCCAGAGGGCGAUGAUGGAGGCCCCAAGGACACCAAAGGCAUAUGGUGGAUCAAAUCCAUCUUCGGAAAAUGAAAAUGAAGAAAACAUAAAAUUGGGUAAUCUCAAGUCAUAAAUAAAGGGUCAAAAACCCUGUUUGCGUUUGUACAAAUGUAUUUAUACAAUUUGGCUUUGUGGUUUUGUAUGUAAAAAGCGUCUUUGUGUGUGUGAAUUAUGAGUGUCUUGUUCAUGGUGUUUGUUUGUCACGUGUCCUUUGAUGUGAAAUGGUGAUGGAUAAACUUCACCGGUACUGAUCAUGAUAGGCUUGGAAUCUUAAGGAUGACUAUGGAGAAAAAGGGUCCCUUUUGGACCUUAUCUUAGUUGUGAA